AUGUCUGAAGAACAAAGUGUUAUUGAUACACCUCCUACCACCGUCGACGGUUCUGUUGAAACUGUUACCACCAUCGAUUCACCAAGUACUACUGCCUCUACCAUUGCUGCUACCGAAGAACAACCUCGUUUGGAAAAGAAGCCAACCCCAUUGCCAUCUCUGAAGAAUUUGCCCUCUUUGGGUUCAAAUGCUGCCCUAGCUAGCGUUAAGGUCAACUGGGGUCCAAACAUGAAACCUGCUGUCUCUAACUCCCCAUCACCUUCCCCUUCUGGCCCUGCAUUGAAUACAGGUCUUGGCGCGAAGAGAAUGCGUUCAAAGAACAUCCAAGAAGCCUUUACGUUAGAUUUGCAAUCUCAAUUGUCAAUCACUAAACCAGAAUUAUCUCGUAUUGUUCAAUCAGUCAAGAAAAACCACGAAGUCUCUGUCGAAUCUACUCUUUCCAAGAACGCUCGUACCUUUUUGAUUUCUGGUGUGGCCGCUAAUGUUCACGAUGCAAAGAGAGAAUUAGUGAAAAAAUUGACAAAACCAAUCAACGCCGUCAUCGAAGUCCCAUCCAAAUGUAAAGCAAGUAUCAUUGGUUCUGGUGGUAGAACCAUCCGUGAAAUCAGUGACGCUUACGAAGUUAAGAUCAAUGUUGCCAAGGAAGUCAAUGAAGACUCUUACGACGAAGACAUGGAUGACACUAUGAGUAAUGUUUCACUAUUUGGUGAUUUUGAAUCGGUUGAUAUGGCUAAGGCUAGGAUCUUGGCCAUUGUUAAAGAUGAAACUAAGAACGCCACUAUAAAAUUGGUUGUCGAAGAUGAAAAAUACUUACCAUACGUUGAUGUUUCCGCCUUUGCUUCCAAUGAUGAUGACGACGAAGUCAAAGUUCAAUUUUAUCAAAAAUCAGGCGAUAUUGUCAUUUCUGGUCCUCGUGAAAAUGCUAAAGCCACCAAAGCAGCCAUUCAAGAUUACUUGAAAAAGUUAGCCUCCGAUUUAGCCCAAGAGAAGGUUAAGAUUCCAACUAAGUUCCAAUUUUUGAUUGAUGCUAAGGAAUUGAAAGAAAAGUACAAUGUCAUUGUUACCUUCCCAUCUACUCCUGAAGAUGAAUUAGUGUCAUUUGUUGGUCUACGUGACAAAGUGACCGAAGCCAUUACUUACGCUAGGUCUUCUUCCAAGAGCUACGUGGUUGAGUCUUUAGAUAUUUCCAAGGCCCAUAGUAAAAACGUUGCUCACGCAAAGAAUCUGAUAAUGUACUUUACCAAAUACUCUGUAUUAAAGAGCCUUGAAGAUUCCCACCCCAAUGUUAAGAUAUCUUUGCCAUCCGUCCAAUCGCUACCUGCCGCCGAAACUGUUACCGUCCACAUUAGUGCAAAGUCUGACGAAGCAAAUGACAUCAAGGCAGCUCGUAAGGAGUUGAUUUCCUUUGUCAACAAUAUCCCACCUUCUGAAACCUUGACCGUUACAGACUUAGAUUACGAGUUAUUUGGUGGGUCAAUCAAACACUCCUUGUUGGCUUCUGAGAGUGAUGUUGCCUUUGUCCAAUUUGGUGACUAUUAUCCAAAUGAUAACACCAUUUUGCUUGUUGCCUUAACCGGUAGUGAAGAUUUCAAACCAUCCAUCGAAGAGAUUCAGGCAUCCUUGAAGAAGGUUAAUGAGUCACUAGACCAACUACGUACUAAGCAAAAUAGCAUGGAAAGUAACACUUAUGAAUUUUCUCCAGAAGUUCAGGAUUCCCUCUUUAGUCCAUCUUCUGCUACAUUGAAAUUGAUCUUGGAAGAUAUUUCUGAAGAAGAAGGUCACAUUCAAAUUAAACUACAUACACCUGAAGAAGGCCAAUUGACUGUUAGAGGUGAUGAAAAGGCUGUCAAGGUGGCCAAUAAAAUUUUUGAAUCUAUUGUGAACUCCCCAUCAAACAAGAGCAAAAUGACUGUUGAUAUUCCAGCCAACUCUGUUGCCAGAUUAAUUGGUAAUAAAGGUUCUAACCUGCAACAAAUUCGUGAGAAAUUCGCAUGUCAAAUUGAUAUUCCAAAUGAGGAAAACAACAGCGCCACUAAAGAUAAAACCGUCGAGGUUACUUUAGUUGGUUUAGAAUACAAUUUGACUCAUGCUAAAAAACACAUGGCCGCCGAAGCUAAGAAGUGGGCUGAUAUUAUUACAAAGGAACUAAUUGUCCCAACAAAGUUUCACGGUAACAUGAUUGGUCAACACGGUACCUACCGUAACCGUUUGCAGGAAAAAUACAAUGUUUUCAUCAACUUCCCAAGAAACAGUGAAAUCGUCACCAUUAGAGGUCCUUCUCGUGGUGUCAAUAAGGCACAUGAAGAAUUGAAGGCAUUGUUAGAUUUUGAAAUGGAAAACGGUUACAAAAUGGUUAUUAAUGUUCCAGCCGAACACGUCCCAAGAGUUAUUGGUAAAAACGGUGACAAUAUCAAUGAUAUUAGAGCUGAAUUCGGUGUCGAAAUGGAUUUCUUACAAAAGAGCACCGAUCCAAAAGUUCAAGAAACCGGUGAAGUUGAAUUAGAAAUUACCGGUUCUAGACAAAGUAUCAAGGAUGCUGCCAAGCGUGUGGAAUCUAUUGUUGCUGAAGCUUCCGACUUUGUCACUGAAGUUUUGAAAAUUGACCACAAACACCAUAAAUCUAUUGUCGGUAGUGGUGGCCACACAUUGAGAGAAAUCAUCUCUAAGGCYGGUGGUGAAGAAAUCAGAAACAAAUCUGUUGACAUUCCAAACGCAGAUUCAGAAAGCCAAGACAUCACUGUUCAAGGUCCAGAAAAAUUUGUCAAAAAGGUUGUUGAGGAAAUUAACAAGAUUGUCAAGGAAGCUGAAAACAGCGUUACCAAGACUCUCGAUAUUCCAGCAGAAAGAAAGGGUGCUUUGAUUGGACCUGGUGGGAUGGUUCGCCGUCAACUGGAAUCCGAAUUUAGCAUCAAUCUUUUCGUUCCUCAUAAGGAUGACGCUAGUGGCAAAAUCACUAUCACUGGGUUACCAGAAAACGUUGAAAAGGCAGAAAAGAAGAUCUUAAAUGAAAUAAUUAGAGAAAACUUUGACCGAGAAAUUAACGUUCCAGCUUCUAUUUACGAAUAUGUUUCAGAACGUGGUGCUUUCAUUCAAAAACUGAGAAUGGAUUUGUUCGUUAAUGUUAGAUUUGGUAACACUGCCAGGAAAGCUAAUAAACUAGCCCGUGCUCCAAUUCAAAUUCCAUUAGAAAAUGUUCGUGGCUCUACAGAAGGUGAAAAUGCAGAAAAGACUAAAUUUACCGUUGAGGAAGUUGGUGCACCAACAUCUUCUGAAGAAGGAGAUAUCACCAUGAGAUUGACCUACGAACCUGUUGAUUUAAGUAGUAUUCUCGGCGAAGAAGAAAAGGAAGUCAAGAAGGACGCUUCAAACGACUCUGCUAAGAAGGAAGAAGCCCUCGACACUGCCGUUAAAUUGAUUGAGGAAAGAAUUGCGAAGGCACCAUCUGCCACAUAUGCUGGUUAUGUUUGGGGUGCCGACACCAAAAGAUUCAAUAUGAUUGUCGGCCCAGGUGGUUCCAACAUCAAGAAAAUCAGAGAAGCAGCUGACGUUGUUAUCAAUGUCCCAAGAAAGUCUGACAAUGUAAACGAUGUUGUGUACAUUAGAGGUACCAAAGCUGGUGUCGAAAAGGCCGGUGAGAUGGUAUUGAAAUCUUUAAGAAGAUAA